AUGCCACCAACAGGAUACAUUGAAAAUAUUGUUGAUACCAUAAAGAGUAUUAAAAGAAAAAUGUCAUACGUUCAGGACAGUCAAGGCAAUGCAAUCAAUGCAAUUCAUUUUUGCAUUUUGCCAAAAACUUUCCAAAUACUCUUAGGCAAUAUGAACAACAAUAGGAUGAAUGUGGAAAAAUACAAAAAUAAACUGCCUAUAAAAUAUCAAACUUAUCAUAAUAAAUAUACCAAAGAGAAUAAUAGUAAUAAUAUAGUAAGAUUUGUUAAUACAUCAGACAAAACUUCUGACUUUGUGGUUAUUGAUACUGCAUCAGGAAUUAGCAUGACACCUUUCAAAGAGCAACUAGUUGACUUUACUCCCCUAACAAAAGGAAACCCUGGUCCAUCAUAUUAUGGAGUAGGAAAUGAUGAUCAAGAAAAACCAAUUUAUUAUGAAGGUUAUGGAUUUCUACCGAUUCGAGGUGAUAAUAAUAAAAUUAUCCAUAUGUUUACAUAUUUGGCUCCAUAUGAAGAUGCAAUAAUUUUAUCUGCAUUCAAACUAUGGGAAAUAGUUGGAUAUGGUUUUGAAUCUGGAAAAUAUGACUUUUCAACUGUCAAUAAUUAUAAAAUACCAACAAAAAUUAUGGAUCAUACAAUUUGGGUUCCUACUAAGCAAAUAAUUGCAGAAUAUACAAAUGAAAUUACAAAUAAAAAAGUAAGAAUAAUAAAAUCUUCUAAAAUAUCACUUUUAGAGGCUCACUUAAGACUAAAUCACCUACCUACUGUAGCAAUACAAGAGUCUAUCAAGAAUAAGAUUUUUAAGGAAAAUAGAGUAAUUACCACUACAAACUUUAAAAUCCCUGAUUAUUCAGUAAAUUCGCAACAGAAGAGUAAUCCAGAAGAAACCAUUAUUGCACGAUUUAAAGCUAAUGUUACAUCUAAAAUAGGUUCUACUAGAAAUUUUGAAUUUGAUGAAGAUGAGAUUAAUGAAGCAUUUCCUGAUGAAGAGUAUGAAAAUGAUACUGAAGGUAUAAAUAAUCUUAUGGUAGAUGAUAAGAUAGUAUCACAACAGUUGUUAAAUGACCUUAAUGAAAAUGGUGAAGAAGAAACAAUGGAUACUGAAAGUGAUUUUAGUCCUUCUAAUAUAGAUCCUGACCUUAUUGACAAUGUAAAUUUAGAUGAAAUUUUAGAACAACCUAAUGUAAUUGAACUUAUGGACAAUGAGAAUACAACAAUUAACAGUGAAAACGAAAUUAAGAAUACAGACACUAAUAAUGAGAAUAUUGAUGAUGAUAGCAACAGUAACAAUGAUAAUGAUAGCAACAGUAAUAAUGAUAAUAAGGACAAAUAUUCAAUGUUAAUAAAUGACAAUGAUUAUAAAAAUUGCAAUACUUCAAAUGAUGAGAUAAAUAACAUAUUACCAUCUAAUGAAGACUCUAACUCAGUAACUGAUGAACAGAACAGUUCCAAUAUCACAAAAUACAGAUAUCGUAAUACAGAGUAA